AUGGUGUUCGCAUUUUGGAAAGUCUUCCUCAUCCUGAACUGCCUUAUGGGUCCAGCUAGUAUGGUACAAGUGACCAUCCCAGAUGGCUACGUCAAUGUGACUGUCGGAGGUGAUGUCACUCUCAUCUGCAUCUAUACCACCACCGUGGCCUCUCAGGACAAGCUGUCCAUCCAGUGGUCUUUCUUCCAUCAGAAGGAGAUGCAGCCAAUUUCUCAUGGUCCGUGCCUCAGUACUGAGAGUAUGGAGGAAAAGACAGUCAGUCAGUGUCUAAAAAUGGUGUAUUCAAGAGACGCUCGGGGAAGAUGUAGCUGGACUUCUCAGAUUUACUAUUCUGAAGGAGGACAAGCUUCAGCCAUGGGGCGAUUUAAAGGUCGGAUUGUAGGGUCCACCGAUCCAGGUAAUGCGUCUAUCACUGUCUCGGAUAUGCAGGCUUCAGACAGUGGAAUUUAUAUCUGCGAUGUUAACAACCCACCAGAUUUUGUCGGCAUAAACCAAGGCAUCAUCAACGUGACUGUGUUAGUCAAACCAUCUAAGCCCUUUUGUAGUAUCCAAGGAAGACCAGAAAGAGGCCAGCCUAUUUCCCUGAGUUGCCAUUCUGAGUUUGGAUCGCCAACUCCUACGUACUACUGGAAUAAGCUUGAGGGGAAAAAACAGCAUGUCAGCUCGCCCAAUGGGAUUUUGGUUAUUGGAAAUCUGACCAAUUAUAAGCAAGGUUAUUACCAGUGCAUUGCCAUCAACAGCCUGGGCAAUAAUUCCUGUGAAAUUGACCUAACCUCCUCACAUCCAGAAGCUGGGAUCAUCAUUGGAGCCUUGGUUGGUGCCCUAGCAGGUGCUGCCAUUAUUGUCAUUGCAGUAUAUUUUGCAAAAAGCAAGGCAAAGGCAAAGGAAAGGAAGAGGGAUUCCAGCACCACCACAGAACUGGAGCCAAUGACAAGCAUAAACCAAACUAGAGAGGUUGAAGGAAUGCCAACUGAAGAUGCUGCCAAGAUAGAAGCAUCUCUGCCACCCUCCAUUCAGGUGGUUGAUCCAACUACUGUCAUGGUACCAAUUCAUGAGCCUAAAUCACAGCUGGAUGCCAUCCCUGAUCCUUUCCUAGGACCAGAGCCUAUGCCAGAGGUAGAGAUUCAGGUGGAGCCGGUGCCUGAGUCUGAGCCUGUGGCACAGGCAGAGCCAGAGACAGAACCAGAGGCAGAGGCAGAGCCUAGGGUUACAGUUGAACCCCAGGGUGAUGAGGAAAAGGGUGUGGUUAAGACAUAA